AUGACCUGGGAGGAUUUUCGGACACUGUUCGAGACUGCUGCCGCCGUCCACCGUUGGCCGUCAUCAACAAAAGCGUCCAUGCUCUGCCUUUCGCUGCGUGGAGACGCGCUAAAGGUCCUGCAGACCGUGCCACCUGCGGAGCGCCAAAACUACGGAGAACUGGUUAGACGACUGGAGAUGCGGUUCGGACAUAAGCACAUGGAACUGGUCUACAGAAACUUAUCCAUCGACAAAUUCCUCGACGGCCUUCGAGACGCUGAAACACAGCAGGCUGUAAAGUUGGCUCGUCCUAAGACAUUACACGAGGCGCUAACACAAGCACUAGAAUUUGAAGCAGUAAAACAGUCUGUGCAAGGACAUGCACGUCUUCGAGGAGUCUGCGUGGAAGAAGGUUUUAAGAUAGAAGACGUAGUCCAGAGAGUGCUGGAUGCGCUGAAGAACAGGAAGAAGGAAAUCCGCUGCUGGAGUUGUGGAGAGUUGGGCCAUCCCCGAAGCAAGUGCCCAGAUAGAGCCUCUCGGGGGGCAGAUGCAGGAAAACUAAAAAAGGGUUGA